CCUUUGGCAACUCCCAAACCAUCUCCUCAUGUGGCCGCCUCCGAAACCCUCUCCGCCUCUGCAACUCCCAAACCCUCUGCUUAUCUUGCAGAUCCCUCUUUCUCCCAAACCCUCCCCGCCUCUGGAAACUCCCAAACCCACUCAUCAUCAUGGUCGUUGAGUGGGUCACGCUUUACCCGGUCGAUGGUGUAAAGAGUUUGGAGUCGAGUUCCUCCAGAGUGUGAGACGAGAAGUGGCCGGCUUCUUCUCUACGACGUCGGGAGC